UCUCGUCACAGCGCCAAGUCAAAGGGUCGAGAGGUCAAAGAAGGCCACAAAAACAUGGACAGCAGGAUAAUAGAGCUCAUCACCAGAAUCAUGGCGUCUUUUGGAUACUCUUACGUCGGCAUAGUUUCGAGGGGGCAUGGUUGACGCAGGACCACCACGGCAAUGGGACCUACCCCAACUCACGACAACAUCCUCCCGGGGCAUGAUAUGGCUUUGACACCUGCAGCCGGCAUGCUUUUGAAUACGAACAUGGGAUACAGAAUACAGAAUUGGAGGAGGUAUCGCAGAUGGCAUCUACGUGCCAAAGCGCAACAUCCGAGGCCUCCCAAGAUGGACGGCGAGCCAACAAGACGGCUGGUUUCCUUCUAUCGCCAACCCUUACUGUGUUGCCUUGCCAAGUAUCACAUGGGUUCCCCCUUCCCUCUGACAGUUUGAUUGAUUAUCACAUUGAGCAUCGUAUGUCUUCCAAGAUACAGGUCCUUCGGUUGACGAGGGAACUCCCACGAGGUGGAUUGGACUGGAUUGGCAGAGCCGUAUUCAUCGGCUUUGUCUGAGGCUUCGGAUA